GUUAAAGCCUUGUGUUAUGUAAACCAAAUAUGGAUCAUCUUUACCAAGAGAUGUUGAGAAGUUUUUGGAACUUAGUACAGUAACUCCUCACUUACUGUCGGUAGAAUCUGGGAUUUGAAGUGAAAUGACGUAAUGAAACGUUUAUUUUCCUGUAGAUUACAUGAUACAAACAGGUGCUGUUGGCGGCAGCGGUGUGCACCAAAGCAGGGAAGGCCAUUGUUUCUCGGCAGUUUGUGGAGAUGACCCGAACUCGGAUUGAGGGCUUGUUAGCAGCUUUUCCAAAGCUCAUGAACACUGGAAAACAACAUACGUUUGUUGAAACAGAAAGUGUGAGAUAUGUCUACCAGCCUAUGGAGAAACUGUACAUGGUACUGAUCACUACCAAAAACAGUAACAUCUUAGAAGAUCUGGAGACCCUAAGGCUCUUCUCAAGAGUGAUCCCUGAAUAUUGCCGAGCCUUAGAGGAGAAUGAAAUAUCUGAUCACUGUUUUGAUUUGAUUUUUGCUUUUGAUGAAAUUGUUGCCCUGGGAUACCGGGAGAAUGUUAAUUUGGCACAGAUCAGAACCUUCACAGAAAUGGAUUCUCACGAGGAGAAGGUGUUCAGAGCAGUCAGAGAGACUCAGGAACGUGAAGCCAAGGCUGAGAUGCGGCGUAAAGCAAAGGAAUUACAACAGGCCCGAAGAGAUGCAGAGAGACAGGGCAAAAAAGCACCGGGAUUCGGGGGAUUUGGAAGUUCUGCAGUCUCUGGAGGCAGCACAGCUGCCAUGAUCACAGAGACCAUCAUUGAGACGGACAAACCCAAAGUGGCGCCUGCACCACCCAGGCCUUCAGGCCCCAGCAAGGCUUUGAAACUUGGAGCCAAAGGAAAGGAAGUAGAUAACUUUGUGGACAAAUUGAAAUCUGAAGGUGAAACUAUCAUAUCCUCCAGUAUGGGCAAGCGUACCUCUGAAGCCACCAAAGUGUAUGUUCCACCCAUUAACAUGGAAAGUGUGCACAUGAAGAUUGAGGAAAAAAUCACUCUAACCUGUGGACGAGAUGGAGGAUUACAGAAUAUGGAGUUGCAUGGCAUGAUCAUGCUGAGGAUCUCAGAUGAUAAAUUUGGCCGAAUUCGUCUUCAUGUGGAAAAUGAAGAUAAGAAAGGGGUACAGCUACAGACCCAUCCAAACGUAGAUAAAAAACUUUUCACUGCAGAAUCUCUAAUUGGCUUGAAGAAUCCAGAGAAGUCAUUCCCAGUCAACAGUGACGUAGGGGUGCUGAAGUGGAGACUGCAGACCACAGAGGAGUCUUUUAUUCCACUGACAAUUAAUUGCUGGCCCUCCGAGAGUGGAAAUGGCUGUGAUGUCAACAUAGAAUAUGAGCUUCAAGAAGAUAAUUUAGAACUGAACGAUGUGGUCAUUACCAUCCCACUCCCAUCUGGUGUCGGCGCGCCCGUCAUUGGUGAGAUCGAUGGCGAGUAUCGGCAUGACAGUCGGCGAAAUACCUUGGAGUGGUGCCUGCCAGUGAUUGAUGCCAAGAAUAAGAGUGGCAGCCUUGAGUUCAGCAUUGCUGGGCAGCCCAACGAUUUCUUCCCUGUGCAAGUCUCCUUCAUCUCCAAAAAGAAUUACUGUAACAUACAGGUAACCAAAGUGACCCAGGUAGAUGGCAACAGCCCAGUAAGGUUUUCUACAGAAACCACUUUUCUAGUGGAUAAGUAUGAAGUCCUGUAAUGUCAAGAAGAGGAAACGGAAAAGGAAAACUUUCAAAUUAAUAAAGAAGAAGCCAACAGUGGCUGAAGAAUUUUUUCCCAAAUCUGCAAGCCAUUGGAGACCCUUUUAUUCCUAGUGUAAUGCACGAUUCUCGGCACACAAGGACCCUCAACUUGCCCUCAGUGUUUCAUGUCACAGAGACAGUCUUUGGCAAAGAAAUGACACAAACAUAAAGGGAAAGGCUGCUGAUUUCUUUGGCAGAUUUUGCUGGCCAGAAGGAAGGCCAGCUCUCCAGAGAAUGCCCCCAGUUAAACACCAUCUCUGCCUCGACCUAAGCUGCUCCUGUUUUAAUCCCUAAAUAUAGUUAUAUUUCAUACUUACUUAGUUUUUUGAAAGUUCUCUCUGCAGAAGAUUUUAAUCUUUCCUACUCCUUUCCUUCGCCUGCAGCUUCCCCGUGUCCGCGGGAGCCGGGCCGCCGUGCGCGCUGUCGCGUGUGGUGGUCCUCAGGCAAGGCCAUCUCGCCCGGCCUUGGGGUCAGACUGUGCAGGUGACGUCUCAUGUUCUUCUCCUAUAUCCAUUCAUUUCUCCACUCCUUUGCCAAGUCGUCUUCCAUCUAGGCUGGUCCCUCCAGUUCAGAACAGUGCUGUGAAUGCUGAAGACCGCUGAGAAGCAGCUUGCAGACGGCAUCGCCCCACCACGUCUGGGGGUCUGGGAGGAGAACCAUGUGUCCAGUUAGGGUUCCGCAUCCUCAGAUAAUCCUGUCUGCUGCUGGUGCUGCCCAGGCCUCCCCGCCUCCACAUGUUGAGUGCUUCAGCUACCACAGCGGAAAAGCUCGUGGUCUCUGUGCUCCACUCACAGUCCUCAGACCACCACACCACCGCCCUCUUUCCGGCUGUUGUGUGUGUCACAGUCCUUUCCCGGCAGAGACGAGGUUUUGAUUUUGGAGGCUGUGGGUUCAGUGAAUCCUUGUGCCAGUUCCAUUGGCCCUAAACGAUCAAGGAAACUCCGUUUCCACCACCAGGGUUUUAGGGUUUCAAAGGCAGCUGAUUGUAGUGGUGUCAGAUGGCUGGUGUGUACUCCCAUUUCCUUCCAGCCUGUCUGUCCCUGUCUCUGCGAUCCCUUUUCCUCGCCCAGUCUUUCUGUUAGUGUCAUCAUGUCGCCGUUAUUUCCUAGCCCCGUCUUGCCCGUUACUUUUUCAGUGGAGAAGACCGGCAGCCAGCCCAUCGUUGGCUUUCACCCCAGUAUUGCACUCGGCAGGGUUCAUGGAUCCGCGGGCAGGCUGCGCCACAGGCAGGGGAGAGGCAGGGGCUAGAGGGCUCCCUCCCCUGUGCUGGCUGGAGAGCACGGCUUGCUGGGCAGAGCGCCCCAGCAGUGGCCACGGAGGAACUGUCUGCCAAAGGAGUUUCUGGCCUUUCCCUUCCCCUUCGCAGCAUCAGGGAAGAGUCCUUAUCUCUGGCUUGUUUCCACAUGUUUUUUUUUUUUGAGGAAGGUGCCUGGGACAAGAAAUCUGUCAUAGUUAAAUAGGCAAGAAAUCUUAUUAAUCCUGUUUUGUUUGAGAGUUGUUUGUCCAUAUGAUUUUUUAAAAGUCAAGUUUAGUUUUACAAAAACUUUUUUUUCUGAAAUUACUUUUGGAGUAAUAUUUAAAAUGAGAGAUGUUUUGUAACCCUGUAAAAUACAUAGGGAAUAUAACAUUCCAGUGUACACAAAAAGGCAGAUUCUUUAAUCAA